AUGUCGAGUUUACACGGUUGUUCUUGUCCGAACCAGACAACUCUGAAACUCGCUUCAAUUCCCACUUUCUCUUCCCCACCUUUCCUUUUCAAAACUCCAACCCUUUCUUUCCACACAUCUCCAUUGCCACGCCCGGUCAAGGCUCUCUCUUCUCCUGCCAUCGUCCAGACAUCUACUACCAAGGCCGCUCAAGAUCAAGGUGUGAAGCCUCAAUGGAAGGCCGCGAUAGACUUCAAGUGGAUAAAGGAUAACAAGGAAGCUGUUGUUGCUAACUUAAGGAACCGCAACUCUGACGCUGAUUUGGACCUUGUUCUCCACCUUUAUGACAAAACGUUUACACUUCAGAAGGAAGUUGAGAGAGUUCGAGGGGAAAGAAAUGCAGUUGCUAGCAAGAUGAAAGGAAAAUUAGAUCCUUCUGAGCGUCAAAGACUGAUUGAGGAAGGGAAGAAUUUGAAGGAGGGUCUUGCUGCUUUGGAAGAGGACCUGGUGGACCUUAAUGAUAAGCUUCAGCAGGAAGCGCAGUGUAUACCUAACAUGACACAUCCUGAUGUUCCAAUAGGAGGGGAGGAUUGUUCUACCAUAAGGAAGAUGGUUGGCAAUUCUCCAAAUUUCAGCUUUCCUGUCAAGGAUCAUCUCCAACUAGGGAAGGAGCUUGAUCUAUUUGAUUUUGAUGCUGCUGCAGAGGUCAGUGGGUCAAAGUUCUACUACCUGAAAAAUGAAGCAGUUUUGUUAGAGAUGGCUCUUUUAAAUUGGACACUCUCUGAAGUGAUGAAGAGAGGCUUUACUCCAUUGACAACCCCUGAAAUUGUGCGAUCCUCUGUUGUUGAAAAAUGUGGAUUCCAACCGCGUGCGAAUAAUACCCAGAUUUAUUCCAUCGAUGACAGUGACCAAUGCCUCAUUGGCACUGCAGAGAUUCCUGUUGGUGGUCUUCAUAUGGAUUCUAUACUCUCCGACUCAUUGCUACCUUUAAAAUAUGUGGCAUUUUCUCAUUGUUUCCGUACUGAGGCUGGUGCUGCUGGUGCUGCAACAAGGGGUCUUUAUCGAGUUCACCAGUUCAGCAAGGUUGAAAUGUUUAUUUUCUGCCGUCCUGAAGAGAGUGAACAUUACCACCAAGAGCUGAUUAAAAUUGAAGAAGACCUCUUCUCAUCCCUAGGAUUGCAUUUUAAAACUUUGGAUAUGGCCUCUGCAGAUUUAGGUGCUCCAGCUUAUCGUAAAUUCGACGUGGAGGCGUGGAUGCCUGGUUUAGAACGGUUUGGUGAGAUCUCAAGCGCCUCAAAUUGCACAGACUAUCAGAGCCGUCGUCUGGGAAUAAGGUAUCGUCCUGCAUCAGAAACACAAGUGUCAAGUGCAAAAAAGUCUAAAGGCAAUCUUGCUCCACCACAGUUUGUUCACACAUUAAAUGCAACAGCUUGUGCAGUACCAAGGAUGAUUAUAUGUUUGCUUGAGAAUUACCAACAAGAAGAUGGAUCUGUCCUUAUCCCUGAGCCCUUGAGGCCCUUCAUGGGUGGCCUUAGUGUCAUAGCCAGAAAAUCAUUAUGA